AUGGAAAAGACCAUGAAUGAGGAGAGUGAAGCUAAAGGUGGCAUGUGGGCUUUGCAGCAGAAAUUUGAUCAGCCCAUGGAUGAAGAAGCUAGCAGACUCAAGCAGAUGAACACAGAAACGAAAUGUUCCACAUUGCUACUUGUGCGACUUGCAUUUCAGAGUCUUGGUGUUGUCUAUGGAGAUUUGGGAACUUCUCCAUUAUAUGUAUUUUACAAUACUUUUCCUAAAGGAAUCAAUGACACUGAAGACGUUGUUGGUGCACUUUCUUUAAUCAUAUACUCUCUUACACUUGUGCCCCUCAUCAAAUAUGUCUUCAUUGUAUGUCGUGCAAGCGACAAUGGUCAAGGUGGAACAUUUGCUCUUUACUCACUAUUGUGUCGACAUGCAAAAAUUAGUACAAUUCCGAAUCAACAUCGGACUGAUGAAAAGUUGACUACUUAUAUUUAUACCCCAACACAUGAGAACUCAUUUGCUGAAAAAACCAAGAAAUGGUUAGAAGCACAUGCAUUAAAGAAGAAUGCACUUCUUGUACUUGUACUUGUUGGCACUUGUAUGGUGAUUGGAGAUGGGAUUCUAACUCCUGCUAUUUCAGUUUUAUCGGCUUCUAGUGGCAUCAAGGUAACACACCCCGGGAUGGAUAAUGAUUUUAUCGUAGUUGUUGCUGUUUUUAUACUGAUUGGUUUAUUUUGCCUGCAACAUCAUGGUCCUGAUAAAGUUGGAUGGCUAUUUGCUCCAAUUGUAUUGCUUUGGUUUAUUUUAAUUGGAGGAAUUGGAAUUUAUAACAUUUUAAAACAUGACAAGACUGUGUUGAGGGCCUUUUCCCCCUUGCAUAUAUAUUGGUACUUUAAAAGGAGAGGAAAAGAUGGUUGGACUUCCCUUGGAGGAAUCAUGUUGAGCAUCACAGGGACGGAGGCACUAUUUGCUGAUCUUGCUCAUUAUCCACUUUCGGCAAUCCAGAUUGCAUUUACAACAGUUGUGUUCCCUUGCCUUCUGUUAGCCUAUUGUGGACAAGCAGCCUACCUCAUGAAAAACAAGGAACAAGUGUUUGAUGCAUUUUACCACUCUAUUCCAGAAGCUGUAUACUGGCCAAUGUUUGUAAUUGCAACACUAUCUGCAAUUGUCGCAAGUCAGGCGUCAAUAUCUGCUACAUUUUCGAUAAUUAAUCAAGCAUGUGCACUCGGUUGUUUCCCUCGAGUCAAAGUCGUUCAUACAUCAAGAAAAUUUCUUGGCCAGAUAUACAUUCCGGAUAUCAAUUGGACACUCAUGAUUCUGUGCAUUCUUGUAACAACUGGUUUCAAAAAUCAAACCCAAAUCGGUAAUGCUUAUGGCACAGCAGUGGUAAUAGUGAUGCUAGUAACAACAUUCCUGAUGAUCCUAAUCAUGCUCCUCGUAUGGCACUGCAACUGGUUCCUCGUCUUCAUAAUGACCUUUCUAUCCCUCAUAGUCGAAUGCACCUAUUUCUCAGCAGUCCUGAUUAAAAUCGACCAAGGCGCAUGGGUCCCACUAGCAAUCGCCGCCGUGUUCCUCCUCAUAAUGUACGUCUGGCACUACGGCACAGUCAAAAGGUACGAAUUCGAAAUGCAAAACAAAAUCUCAAUGGGAUGGAUCCUUAACCUCGGCCCAAGUCUAGGGCUAGUUCGCGUCCCCGGAAUCGGACUCGUGUACACCGAGCUCGCAAGCGGCGUCCCACGGAUCUUCUCACAUUUCAUCACGAAUCUUCCGGCGAUUCAUACGGUGGUGGCUUUCGUCUGCGUUAAGUCUCUCCCGGUUUAUUCCGUCCCGGAAGACGAACGGUUUUUGGUCAAACGGAUCGGACCGAAGAACUACCAUAUUUUCCGGUGUGUCGCGAGGUAUGGGUAUAAAGAUCAGAAAAAGGACGAUGAAUUUGAGAAGAAGUUGCUGGAUAGUAUAUUUUUGUUUGUGAAACUUGAGUCGUUGAUGGAUGGGAGUUCGGAUUCAGAUGAAUACAGUUUGUAUGAACAAGAUGUUUCAGGUUUAUCUGAUAAGAAUACGUUUUCGUCUGUUGUUGAUAUUUUAAUUUCCGAUGAUGAUACGGUGAGUGAGACGGGGACGGAGACGGCGUCGAGUCACGGUGGGGGUGGGAGAGAGGAGAUUGAGUUUUUGACGCGGUGUCGGGAUGCCGGAGUUGUGCAUAUUUUGGGGAAUACGGUUGUGAAGGCGAGAAGAGAUUCAGGGUGUUAUAAGAAGAUUUGUAUUGAUUAUUUGUAUGCUUUUUUGAGAAAGAUAUGUAGGGAAAAUAGUGUUAUUUUUAAUGUUCCUCAUGAGAGCCUUUUGAAUGUUGGCCAAGUUUUUUUUGUAUAA